GUGCGAAGCAAUUGGACUUUGAUUUGUCUCUACACAGUUGUAUCCACAGCUCACCUCGUCGUUGGAUUCUGCAUCGUUGAUGUUGAGAUAUAGUUCAUCAUUGGACCAAACAAAACGAUGGUACCCCACACAAUGAAAUGAAUCAGCUGGUAUAGACUUUACUGGUGUAUCUUUGUAAAAAAACAUUGGGGCCGCUGCUAAGUGUAGUGAAGUUUACACCGCCUAUUUUCAAGGCUGUGCAGUGGCGCUUCUAGUGUGUGGCACUCGAAUAGGAAAAGUAUUGCUCGCUUACGAUCAGGUCAUCAAGGCGGGAAUCCACCAAAUGAACGUGCACUCCUACCGCCCCUAACCAGAUCACUAGAUUUCGGUCGGUAUAAGUACCUACCUACGUGCCAAUCCGCUGGUCGACUGAGCGCCCCAAACCGAAUUACCAGCAAAUCGGAAUCAGUAAUGAAGAUGGGAUUGCUAUUUGAUGGUAUGGACUAUAAGAAGGAAGUCGGCUACUUCCGCUCGCUUCAUGAUGAGAAAUCCCGAUACGCUCAGGACGUGAUCAGAACCCGAAAACAAUUGCCAAAGACUGCUAAGGACAUUGAUCGAAUCAAAGCGAACAUGCUGCAAAAGCCGCCUACGCCACGCGCUGAAAACCGCCUUCGGGAAUUGGAAAGAGAGUACACAGAUCUGACAGCGCAUUUCGAAGCGUCACAGCGGAACUACAUCACGGCUGGACAAAACAUUGAGGUGCACAUAUCAGACUUCAUGAAGCCAUCAAGCUUAGCACUUUGCGCAGGCAUGAUGACUCGUUUACCCAGGGAACUACGGGACCAGAUCUACGAAACAGUUCUCAUACUUGUGUGGAAAGAGCGAAGACAGGGUUGGUUCACCAUUACCCAUGAGCACCAGCCUAAUGUCCAUUUCUUGAUGAAGGAAAAACCAUGGGAUGACGAUGAUGCUUUACCGAUAUAUCCGAUCACGUUACCCGACUAUCGCGACGUGGCCCCUUCGCAUCUGUGGAAUGAAGGGUAUGUGGGUCUUGACGUGCGCAAAGAGCUGGUUGAAGCUUUCUAUCGAACAGGUCGAUUCUGUCUCGACAUGUGCCAACAACGCAAGAACUUCAAGAUCGACGAAUUCUUGACCGAUGACGUAUGGAAUACGGGAAUCAAGCCGUAUGACUUUGUCUCGCGGGUCUACAUCGAUUACAUCUAUACUCCUUAUGUGGAAUGCGUGACGAAGUUUCGCAAGAACUCCCAGAUUGCAAUACUGCUCAAGUUGAGAGCGUUCCAGUGGAGCAUGAACAUGUCGAGAAGACUCCUAUCGCAUGUGGAUCACAGCCUUCUACAACCUUGUAGAGAACUUCGAGAAGCAGGAUAUAAGGUACUGGUGUUCAUUGAUGGUAUCGCGGUAGACUUGGAUAAAGGUAUGGAUCCAGCCAAGGUCCCGGAAUGGGUACAGGCUCAUGAUGACCUUCGCUCUCGCUAUGGUGGCACCUUGGAUUAG